UUCUCUCUGUCAAACCCGAAAUCAGCUCCCAGUUAAAUCCCGUUCCUUAAAACUGAAAGAUGAGCCCGCUGUGUAACUGCUGCAACGCGCAGAUCGACAAACUCAACCAGCAGGUUUCUGUGAUGCGAAAAGAAAUCAAGAAUCUGAGACAGAUGCUGGACAGCGGUGCCAGAGCUCAUCGCAAACAUCUGGCCUCCGUCCAGGCUGCUGUGUCAAAGAUCAGCUUGUGUGAAGCCGGUAAAGCUGCAACACCUCCACCAUCACUGCAGGCUGCACUAGAGCAAGGAAACGUCCAGACGGUGCCGAUUGGUUUCAUUAGUUCCUGUUUUGCCGUGAAGAACGGGACUCCCAGACAGCCCACCAUCUGUGGCCCCUCACGGGCAGAACUUCGAGUUCAGCAGAGCGUCUUCAACAACCCCGAUCACGCCCUGGUGGGCCUUGAGCAGUACUCCCACGUCUGGAUAAUUUUUCUCUUUCACAAAAAUGGGCACCUGAGCUACAAAGCCAAAGUGAAGCCUCCCAGACUGAAUGGUCAGAGAGUCGGCGUGUACUCGACGCGCAGUCCACACAGGCCAAAUGCCCUGGGCCUAACGCUGGCCAAGCUGGACAAAAUUAAAGGUGACACACUUCAUCUGUCAGACAUCGACAUGAUUGCUGGGACGCCGGUCCUGGACAUCAAACCAUAUAUUCCAGAGUACGAUUCCCCCGACUCCAGGAAGAGUCUGGAAACACAACGGGACGACUCAAACGCAGAUCAGGCUGAUGCAGCUGCACCACUGAACAAGGAGACGAGGAUCUUAAACCAUGAAGAAGACUUGGAUACAGAUUUAGAGUUUAAUAAUAAAACAAUAGAUGAAGAGGAGGAUGGAGGGACGAAAGACAGUCCUGAUCAUGAUGUUUCUUUAACAGAGUCAUCUAAAGUCAGAGAUCAGUUGUUUUUGCCCAAAGUUCUCAGCGAUGUGCUUGAGGAUAUUGAGACUUUUGUCAACCGAGAAAACAUUUUACAGCCAUGUUGUGAGAAAGAGAGUCAAAUUUCUGCCUCUGGAAGAACAAAACCAUCAGCGUCAACCAUGGAUGUCCCACGCUAUGGCGAGGAAGCUUACACAGCUAUCGCUGGAUGGAUCAGAGAGCCUCCUGUUGCCAAUCUGGAUGUACGCUUCACCCCUCACGCUGAGAGGCAAUUGGCAGAAUUCCUCCCUGCAGACCAGUCAGGACCCUCUGACAGCGACAGACCCAGGUUUAGGUUUCUGCGGAGUGCAGACGAGGCGACUGCUGCCAUCAGGGGGGUCCUGUCAGCCGACCCCAGAUCAGUGUACAGGAGGACCCGCUGCAAGGACAGACUCUUCUUCUUUGCUCUUGACACAGCUGACGUCACGUGCUGGUUUGGACAAGGUUUUGCUGAGGUACUUCAGGUCCGACCUGUUGAACGCCAUUUUCCCUCAGUGUGACAGUUUUAGUGGAGACGUUGUAGUUGAACAGAGGUACAAAAACACCCUGUCAGAUAUAGAUCACUCUUAAUAUUUUUGUCUAAUUUCUGUGAAAUCUUGUUUUAGAAUCUGACAAGAUGAAACCCAUGUAUCUUUGUAAUGUUAAUCAAAUAAAU